UAUUCGCCGUAGUAUGGUACCAUUAUUUAGUUCGCGGAGUCUUUCGAGCGUAUCAAGCGACAGGGAGGAUGAUGAUGAUGAUAACUCGACUUACGAAAAAUACUCGAGGUCAGACAGCGACCGAGAAGAUGAUGAUGACAACUCGACUUACGAAAAAUCCGCGAGGUCUGACAGCGACCGAGAAGAUGAUGAUGAAAAUUCAACCUAUGAAAGUCGAUCAAGCAGCAGCAGCAACAAACGAUCUCGAUCUGAUAGCGAUAGAGAAGAUGACGAUGAAAAUUCAACCUAUGAAUCACGAUCAAGUAGCAGUUCGAGCUCUAAUGUCCAAGUAAGUCAUUAUUGA